GAAGUCAACUAUCGGAAGUUAUCCCCUACUCACACGCUCCAGAAUUCUUCAGAUUCAUUCACCGAACUCUUCUUUCUUUCACCGUCUCCCUUGUCUUAGGUAGCGGAAGAAGAUGUGAAGAGGGAAUGAUUUCGCCACUCAUAUGCAGAAUUGGUUAGAAGGGAAUGCAGGGCGCUUUGUUUGAUCAGCUAAAAAUUCAGGAUGAUGGAGUUGUGUCAUAGUGGGUGGGCUGGAACGUGGAGAUUAUUUCCAGAACUGUCAAGGAUGCAACCGCUUUAAAAAACUGCUAUGUGCCAUGCGUGUCUCACAGGAUUUAAACUAUUUAUUUAUUUUGUAAAGAUAAUAAUAAGCAAUGGUAUGUACAGGCAAAACAUGAUGAUGUGGCAGAAGCCGUUCUAGGCGGGAACAGUUCAUUGAUAGACGAUCUUCAUUUAUAUAUAUAAAGAUUAGACAACCUCGCUGACAUUACGAAAACUUGAAGAAACUGAUUUUUCAGAAAUGGCAAUGCGGAUACUCCUUCGAAGGCAAUUUUUCACCCGCUUUCAGUCAUUUCCACCCUCAUACAACUUUUCUUACUCCUUCACUCAAAAUUUUAGUUCCGAUCACCGGCGAAAGCUGCACCGUUCUCACCACUCAUCGAUCAUCCGCUGAAAGAUGGGAAUUUUCCGGCUCCCCAACCCUUUAAGGGGUCUGAUAUGUUUAUUGGCGGCGGCGCACUUGAUACCAGAAGUUUUGAAGACAUGUUUCUUCCAAUUGGUGGUUUAAUUUCGUUGCUGGACGGCUACCACAAUAUCACGGGGUUCCCAUGGUGGAUUAUUAUAGCUUCUGGGACAUUGGCAAUGCGACUUGCAAUAUUUCCAUUUAUAAUACUGCUAAUACACAAGAUACGGACAAUUGGAGAGAUAUUACCAAAACUGCCCCCUCCAAUUCCACCGAACAAGUUAAGGAGGAGUUUCAAAGACCAAUUAAAAUUCUUCAUGCGAGAGAAACGAACAGCUGGAUGCCCUUCAUUUGUAUGGUUCAUUGCAGCUAUUAUCCAGGUCCCCUAUUUUCUGCUAUGGCUCACAACUAUAAGAAGAAUGUCACUUGAUUGUCAUGAUGGCUUUGAUAGUGGGGGAACUCUAUGGUUUCAGAAUUUGACAGAACUUCCAAAUGGUACUUUAGGCCUCAUAUUCCCUUUGCUGGUUGCUGGCUUGUAUUAUACUAACAUUAAGGUUUCUUUUCAGAAUGUGUCCAGCGGGACCAUGAGCGAAUUUGCCAAGUUCUACAAGUUUUAUCUGGAAAUUAUGACACUACCAACAAUGUUCAUUGCAUUCUAUAUUCCCCAGGGGAGCUUAAUAUGUUGGGUUACAAAUAGCUCAUUGAGUCUUCUUCAGCAAAUAGCUUUAAGCCAUCCAGAUGUUUGCAAGAAAUUGGGGCUACCUGGUCAGGAUGCUUCUGCAUUAGCCACAGAACGGAAAGGUAAAUCUGAGAUAAUGGAAAUAUAUGUGCCGAGCGAUUUGCGUGAGAUACUUUCUGAGAACCCAUCUCCUUCAGAAAUGGUUCAACUUUCUAGCAAAUUCUUAGCAAAGGAUCAGAAAGAUGUGGCUCUCCCACUUCUGCGACUUGCUCUUAACAAGGAUCCCGAGCACAUUAGAGCUAUGGCUGUUCUGGGGCAGGCACUAUUGCAUUAUGGCUACUUUACAGAAGCUAUUGAAUACUUGGAGCACGCUAUAUCUAAGCUGCUCCGUAAUGGGCCUCCAACAGGAGUUGAGGAUGUUAAUCUUUUGAUCCUAUCAUCUGAAUGGGCAGGUGUAGCUUAUGCACGGCAGGGAAAAUUCGAUGAGAGUAUCGUACAUCUGCACAGGAUAACAAAGAUGAAGGAGCCAAAAGAUUCAAACACAAAAGCUAAUUACUAUGAAGCUUUGGUUGUAUUCUCAAGUGUUUUGUACAAUGAGGGAUGCAAACUUGAAGCCAUCAAUUGUUUGCGCAAAGCAGUUGCCUAUGAUGAGUCUUACAGACAUUUCCUGGAACUAUGGGAAAAAGAUGUGUGUGAGGAAGAUGAAUUUGUUAGGAACCUAGUCAAUAGUCGGAGAGCAGAUUAUUGAGUUUCGAUUUUGAAACAAUGUAUAGUAUAUUUAAUAGGAUUUCUUUUACCAUUUCAGUGUAUGUAAUAUGAACAUUUGUUUGUUAUAAACUGGCCUCUUCAGUCGUUCAGUUUAUACUGGGAAUCUUUUCACCAGACAUUGCAUUACGAACUGUGAGGAAGUUACUUGUCAAGCCAUUUGGUUUCUCUUCCUCUAAGUUUACUGUCCGAGUAAACAAGCUAAUGGAUGUUCUAUAAUCUAUAGGAACUAGGAGCUGUGUGUCAUAUGAGGGAAAAUAAUAUUGCUCUCCAAAUUCUAAAGGAAUUUAAAGGAGUGUGAGUUAAG